AUGACUACGACCAGAAAUCAUCCCAAGGAUUCCCUGCCAAAAGAUUCUCCGAGAAGAUCAUCAAGAAUCAAGACUGAAGGACCUCGCUACACGAAAAGGGUGCACAACAGCGCUCGAAGCCCACAAAGAGAAGAGAGUCACUCCCCUCUCCACCGAUGGAAAGACGAAGAAAACGCCAAAGUCCUCAAAGUUGAGCAAGAAAAAACCCGGGUCGGAGACCUCGAGACGUUAGUAUCAGCAUCAUCUUGCUCGACCAAAGGCACUCCACUUACAAGCCACAUAGACUGUCAGGGUCAUCCAGCCGAGGAUUUUUCCCACCUUUACAACGAGUUACAAGAUCUGAAAAGACGAUACCCGCGGUGGGGCAAGGAACAUGCUGAGCUGUAUUUCGGGGCAGUACGUGGUAUCCCCACUUUCUUGGACCAGAGACGCAGCGACGCCUUGAUGCAAGACGCAUUGCUCAGAUUAGACUCCAUCGCUGGCUCGAAGAAAGAUGUCCAGAUGUUCAUAGCUCAUUGGAAGGCUGCCGCACCACUCGCACAGCGUCUCACAUCCCAGAGACAGUUUGACUUACAUUAUUAUCUCACGUUGCCUGUGGGCAGAGCAUAG